AUGGGCUUCCCAUCCUUCUCCGCCUUGCGCGGAAAGCGUGGUGAAGAUGUAUCAGUCUCGAAAAAGGGGUCUGAGGAUGGCGUGGCUGUUGAGAACAAUGCCGGUAUAUCCGGCUCCGAGUCGGACGACUUUGCCGCCAUUGACCCAAAUUCGGGCGUGAAGCGCGGCCUCAAGACCCGUCACCUUUCCAUGAUGGCUCUCGCCGGCAUCAUUGGACCCGGUCUUCUCAUUGGAUCGGGCCGAGCUCUGGCAAAUGGUGGCCCGGCUGCUCUGUUAAUUGGCUUUGGCGUGAUUGGUAUCAUUGCCUUUUCCAUCAUGCAGAGUCUGGGUGAACUCACCACGCUGUACCCGACCGGCGGUGCUUUUACCGGGCUGUCAGACAGAUUCGUUGACAAGGCGUUUGGUGUGGCUGUUGGGUGGAAUUACUUUAUCAUUUGGUUCUGUGUCUUGGCGAACGAGUACAACGUCAUCUCGAGCAUCAUGGUUGACUGGACGGAUGCCAUUCCCAUUUGGGGGUGGUUCUUGAUCUUUUGGUUCUCCUUCACCGCCUUCCAGAUGUUGGGUGUCGAAACCUUUGGCGAGGCCGAGUUCUGGCUGGCGCUUUUCAAGCUUGUUGGCUUGAUCGCCUUCUUCUUCUUCAGCCUCUACGCAUCUGGUGGUGUGAUUGGCGCCGAAGCUAUUGGAUUCAGCUACUGGCGUGACCCCGGUGCCUUUACGGAUGGCUUCCGCGGUGUUGCCUCGGUCUUUGUUUUCUGCAGCACCUUUUACGCCGGAGUCGAAUCCGUUGCCGUCGCCGCUACCGAGACUAAGAAUCCCCGUCGCGCCGUGCCAUUGGCCAUUCGACAGGUAUUUAUUCGCAUUGUGGUGGUGUACAUGGGCAGUGCCUUUUUCUUCGGGCUCGUCUGCCCCGCCAACAGUCCCGACCUGACAUCGGCUACACAACGUGCGUUGCGCAGUCCCAUGACAAUCGCCAUCGCGAACGCCGGGUGGGAGGGCGGCAAGCAUCUGAUCAAUGCUUUUAUCCUUGUCACUUGCCUUAGCGCCGUCAACUCUUCCAUCUUCAUUGGCAGUCGCACCAUUCUGUUCAUGGCUCAGACUCAAAAGGCUCCCAAGUUCUUGGGAUGGACCAACAAGAGAGGUGUCCCCGUCCCUGCCAUCAUCUUCACCAACCUGUUUGGUGCAUUGAGCAUGAUGAAUGUCAGCACGGGUGCCCAGGAUGCCUACUCCUACAUUGUCAACCUCAGCGGUGUCUCUACCUUUUUGGUAUGGGCCGCCAUCAGCUGGACUCAUAUCCGCUUCAGAAAGGCUUGGGCAGCUCAGGGACACUCCGACUCCGAGCUGCCUUUCAAGUCAAUGCUCUACCCCUACAAUGCCUGGUUUGGUCUCGGCACCAACAUCUUCCUUGCGCUCAUCCAGGGCUGGGCCACCUUUGCGCCUUUUGACGCCGUCGACUUUGUCGACGCCUACAUUCUACUGCCUCUCUUCGGCGUCAUUUAUGUCGUCUACAAGUUCUGGAACAAGACAAAAACUGUCAACAUUCACACAGUCGACCUUCAGGAGGGCAGGAGAAAGGAUUUGGAUGAUGGAAGACGACCUCUCGCCGAUGGUGAGGAGAUUGACUCGACUUUGCCCUGGUAUAAGAAGCUGUGGAAGAGUCUCUGA